UUCCGGUUUUAAGAUAGAUUUCUGCCCUAAAUCCUAAACUAAACCCUUCGGCGUUGAGGCGUUGUCUGUCAGUUUUGAAACGAUAGUUGUGUUACAGAUUUCCGAAGAAUUGAGAGGGGUGUUGACCAUGGAAGAAAAGCCGGUUGGAGUAGAGGAAGUGGCGGUGAAUGUUGUAGAGGCAGAGCAAGAGGACGGGGACGAGGAGGAGCUUUCAUGGUCAUCGGAUUCUGAAGUUGGAGAAGCAUUAGACUGGCUGGACUCUAGGGACGACGAUGAAGUAGCUGAGGGAGGUAUUACACUCAAUUCAAGGCGUCCCAAUGCUCAUGGAGGGGUUCACUCUCGCCCCAAUUCGUCUGCCCUCCAGCCUAUUUCCAAUAGGAACCAGAAGUUUGCCAAUCGCAUUCGUGCGUCACCGUUGGAGGAAUGGGAGGGAAGGUUGAAUGUUGGAAUGUCAAAUUCUGUGACAACUGCAAUUCGUGGAAGUGUUCGAGAGAUGGCCAUUGGUAAGACUAAAACUACAGAGAAAGCAGACCGUGCAACUGUUGAGCAAGCCAUUGAUCCUAGGACUCGGAUGGUUUUGUUCAAAAUGUUGAAUCGUGGUGUAUUUCAUGACAUAAAUGGCUGCAUUUCAACUGGAAAAGAGGCAAAUGUUUAUUACGCAACAAAAUCUGAUGGUCAGGAAUUGGCUAUCAAAGUGUACAAAACUUCUGUUCUGGUUUUUAAGGACCGAGAUCGGUAUGUCCAAGGUGACUACCGUUUCAGACAUGGAUACUGCCGACACAAUCCCAGGAAAAUGGUGAAGACAUGGGCUGAAAAGGAAAUGAGAAAUCUUAUGAGGCUAAAGGCUGCUGGAAUUAGGUGCCCGACUCCGUUACUCUUGAGGCUUCAUGUUCUGGUCAUGGAGUUUAUAGGAAAAGCUGGUUGGGCUGCACCUCGUCUGAAGGAUGCCGCUCUAUCUUUGGACAAGUUACGUGAAGGUUAUAUGGAGAUGAUAAUCUCAAUGAGGACUUUAUAUCAGAAAUGCAAACUGGUGCAUGGAGACCUUAGUGAAUAUAACAUACUGUACUUCGAUGGUCACUUAUAUAUAAUUGAUGUCUCACAAGCUGUUGAUCUUGACCACCCUCAUGCCCUGGAUUUCUUGCGUGAAGACUGUGUUCAUGUUUCCGAUUUUUUUAAGAAACACGGUGUAGCUGUUAUGACAAUUCGGGAGCUAUUUGAUUUUGUAGUUGAUCCAACUAUUACGAAUGAUUCCAUCGACAGUUACUUGGAAGAGGUUCAACAAAAAAUUUUGGUGAGAGGAGAUGUGACAGCAGAGGAUGAAAUUGCUGAUUCUGUAUUUGUGCAGUCAUAUAUUCCAAAGACACUGGAUGAUGUCAAGAAUGCUGAAGAGGAUGUAAUACGACUAACUAGUGGGAAGGAUACUGGUGACAUGUACUAUAAGACUAUUACAGGACUGAAAGAUGCUCUUUCUCGAGUUCAAUCUUCUACAGCUCAGAAAGAGCAGCAGCAACAUGAAGAUGUAAUGCAUACAGAAGAGUUAUCUGGUGAAUUGGCUGGUAAAUCUAAUUCUCUGGAGAUUCAGUCUGAAUCUGCUACAGAUGAAGAUGAUGAUGAGAGCUGCAGUGGUUCCGAAGGGAGUGAAUCCUCAUCCGAACCUAAGAAGCAUGCUCCAGUUGACAAGAGAAUAGCAAGAAAAGAGAACAAAAAGAAGGUGAAAGAAGAAAAGAGGGAGUCUCGAAAGACUAAAGUUCCAAAGGCUUUGAAAAAGAGAAAGAAGAAAAUGGCUAAAGCUCACAAGACCAGGUAAGCUCGCAAUAUUUGUUAUAUGUGGCCAGACAAACUGAGCUAGAGAGCACAGAAAGAUACUAAAUGGGAGAAUUUUGCAGUAUUUCUUGGACUUUUUUAGAUAUCCCCACUCCUCCCAAAAUGUGCAUGCGGGAGGCGGCUGGUUAAUCCAUCAGUUUUGUUUUCUCCCUUAGAUGUUUAUAUCUAAUGGUUCUAGAAAAUGCAAGAUAAAUUAAUUUCGUGUGGUACAGCAGUAGCCUCAAAUGUCUCGGAGCUUUGUGGUUGUACGCUGCCUUUUGCUAUUGUUCUGGAAACAAUCACGUCGGAUGAGAAUGACAAUUAGAUCGAUUCAUAAGUGCACAUUACAGUUGCUUGGAUGUUACUGUUCUAUCAGAUAAAAGAAAUUGACUUGAUCAAUA